AUGGAAACUAUCAAUGCACCCGAGAGUCCCGGCAGCGCAGUGACACUCAUUGCGCCAACUUCGAGCUCGGAUGCUACUUUCAUUGGGAUGACCAUCGAACUUCGCUGCAUGGUCUACAAGUUGUUACUCUCAAAUCCGUUACUGAGUACUCCAGAACCUCUUGACCCAGGAUCGCGGAGCCAAGAGGUAGAAUAUGGACUCUCUCCAGCACUUCUAGGGGUCAAUCGUCAAAUCAACGCAGAAGCCAGUGAUUGGCUGUAUGGGCAAAACAAAUUCUACAUGCUUUGUAAGACCCAUAGGAAGAAUACCACUGCGCCCAGCUACGAAUGGAAUCCGUACAAUGGGAUUUGCCUCUCUCCGUUGACUAGAUGGCUCCAGGACACGAGAAGUAUGAUCCAAGCUACGGAGGACAACAAGAGCGCCAUGAGAAAGGUUCGCUAUUGGAGAGUAACCGCAGCUAUGGAACUCGACUCAGGGCAACUCUCAUCUCUAAAGCUUCUCCGAAACAUCUCUGACUUCAAGAUCCGGCUUGCAACACAGAGUGAUAUGCCAAGCUCUUGGAGCUCCGCUUUCAAGCAUUAUCCGCAUCCUCACACACCGUGGCCGAGAAUGCAGAAAUUUCCUUUUGGGCAAGUGCUUGAAAUUAGCAACCUGGUAAAGAGCAAUGAACCUGUUGAGCGUAUCGGCGAUCUCUACGAUAAUCUCCUCGCGUACGCCAGGACGUUCGAACAAUUUCAGCCAUAUAAGAAGGCAAUGGGACUAACCCAGCCUGAUAUCUGGCACGGUCGAGAACUUGUCUGGUACCCCCGCAAUAGCCUCAGCACGGCGUUACGCCCGGUUCUAUCUACCAAGAAGCUCGAGUGGUUGCAGUUCCUAGACCGGAAUCUGCCUUUUCAGGACCGUAAUUCUUUUCAUGAUGCCCAUUUGCACCCAGUUGAAGCAGGUCUUCUGGCAUGUAGACACGCCAGUGAAUUUGACGAUAUGGCACUCUUCAAGACUAGGCGCGCGAGAGUUAUCCAGUACCUGGAGAAGCACUAUGAGCGCGUAGUCGGCGCAUCGAGCGCCAUCACGAAGUUCAUGGAAGACCAACACGCUGGUGGAAGUCUCGGUGGGAGCGACAAUGAAGACGAAAGAUGCAAGGCAGGAUUAGUCCUCCUCCGAGAGUAUCAAGAUGCUUUCAUUCGAGACUUCCUUCCAUGGAUCAAGGAAAAUAUCGAUAAAUACACUGGAUGGGAUACCUUCUUCGAACAGUACCAUUGCGAAACCAAAGACCUGUUGAGGCGUGCUCAAGAGAUGAUUAAGGGAAAGGCUUACUGCGAGUUUUUGCCCAUCUUCAAUCAAGUGGUGCAACUGCUUGAUAAAGACUUCAUUGAGAUGCAAGAGGCGAGACAGAAGUUAUUCGAGUGGGAUGUGACGGAUCGAAGAUGCGAUAUUGACGUCGAUUUGGGUCGCUUCGUUGAGGGGAGAAGUCGAUGGUGA